AUGUCUUCUCUCAACAUCCACCAGCAAGUUUUCGGCCUCUCGCUCGCCUCCAACUUACUGACGGUGAGCAAGGGAACGGAGGCCGAAUUGCAGAGCGAGUUGGACUCGACUUUGCAACCCAUCAUUGCAAAUAACAUCGGCAAUUGGAACGUCGUUUGGGGACCUAGAGUGUGGAAGACCGCUCCCAGUGACCCAAACUCGGGACCCGACCGCGUCUGGUACAUUGCGCACAACCCAUCUGCGAGUUUCGUGGAUGGUAUCUACGAUGCUUACGUCCUGGCCGUCGCUGGGACCGCGAAUAAUUCGACGGAGAACCUGGUAAUCGACGCCUACGUGAACGAAGUCGUCGACUUCAAUGACUGGGUGCAGACUGGGAUAACCAAUCCUCCCGAGCAAGCUGCAACUGUUGACCAGGCGAAGCCGUACAUUGCCUAUGGAACAGCAUCCGGUAUCUCCACCCUCUUGACCGUACCCAGCCCUGCUGGGCAGACCAUCAUCGAGUUUCUGGCCACCAUCCCUCCUACAUCUCGACUCGUAUUCACAGGACACAGCCUCGGAGGUGCUCUGUCGCCAACAGUCGCGCUGGCACUGUUGAGAGCGGGGCUCCUGAAGAACGCACCAGGAAAUGUCUUUGCUUACCCCACCGCCGGUCCAUCGCCAGGGAAUGGACCGUUCGCUGCCCUGUUCGCGCAGAACUUCCCUCUGAUUACUGAUGGUCCUGCGGCCUAUCAGAUGUGGAAUGGAAAUCUCGCAAAUACGAAAGACAUCGUUCCCCAUGCAUGGAAUAUUGAGUCUUUGAAAGCUAUCCCGACACUCUACGGCACCUUACCAUUUCUUCUUAAUGUGAUAGUCGUGGCCAUAGUCAAUGGCGCCAUUGACCUAGCCAACGCGUCGGGCUUGGUGUACGUCCCGCUUCAGGGACAGACAUUCCCUACACCUGCUCUUGAUACGCCUCAGACUCUACAGUCAUUCCUCGAAACGGCGUUACAAGAACACAUGGGAGCUUACGAAUCAUUCAUUGCGGCUCCAAGCAUCCUGCCUUCGCACGAACCGGCUUCAUCGACGGAGCAGGCUAGAGGUCUGCCCAUUCUAGGAGGAAUUUAUCAAGCACAUCGUGAGGCGAAGGAAAUGGAAAGGUUGGAAAAAGAGGGAAAAUAA